AUGCUCCACUCGCUUCUGAUCCCUUCCCUUGGGAGGAACAAGGAUGUGCCCGGACGCAGUAGUAGUCGUCCUCUUGAUGCCGGUCCUGCCGUUGUGACGGUUGCUCGGAAUCUAUCGUUGUGGCUUGAUCCAUCCUCGCAUUUCGUCCCAGCUGUGCUCGACUCCUCGGCGUUCCUGAUCGUGGUUCUCCACCGUCUAUUGGUGCAGCCCAGCCAUGCACCGUCGAUGAUCCUCCUGACGUUCGUCUCCGCUGUCACGGGCUGA